UCAUGCUGCUGCCAGGUCCAGAGUGCUCAUCAUGGGUCCCUGUACGGCCUCCCAUUGCUGCUGCUCUCCAUCGCCACACUCUGCCAUGUGCCCUCUUUCAGGUCUCCUCACACUGCUGGUGGUGUAAUUUUUUCAUAGGGUGCUGGCAGAUUACGGGCCUCCCAUAGCUGCUGCCAGGCCCAAUCUGCCAUUGGCAUCCCUUAACCGCCUCCUCAUGCUGCUGCCAGGUCCAGAGUUUCUCAUGGGUCCCUGUACGGCCUCCCAUUGCUGCUGUCUCCAUCGCCCACACUCUGCCAUGUGGCCACCUUUCAGGUCUCCUCACACACUGCUGGUGUGUUUCCAUUUUUUUGAC